AUGCAAUUCGUACCCCAGAGGGGCAUAGAGGAGCUAUGGAAAAACAGCUUCCUGGACAGCGUACCCAUGAAAACAAAAGUAGAAAACAGCAAAACGGGAGAUGCAUGGCCAUGCGUACUCUUAAGGAAGAAAAGCUUCGAUGACCUCCACAAGCUCUACUACCUAUGCUUGAAGGAAAAAAAUAAAUUACUAGGAGAGCAGAACUUCCACUUACAGAAUAACACUAAAAUGGUACAACCGGGGCGAUUAAAAAAGGUAAAGCUGACCAUGAAAAGAAUUUUAACCGUCUUGUCACGACGCGCUAUUCAUGAACAGUGCAUUCGAGCCAAGGAAAUGUUAAAAAAGCAACAGGAGAGGGAAGUUUACGAGACGGAGAAAUUUCAACUGGAGGAGCAGUUACUUUAUUUAAGGCACAAAAUGAAUAUGCUUAAGGGUAGCUUUUCUGUGGAAAAAAAUUCUCUUCGUUUGUCCAUUAGCAAAAUUGAAAACAACAUUGAUCAGCUGUCCAUUCUUUUGAAUCCUCUUAAAAAGGACACCAUGCAUUUGCUCAUUCCUAAUUUUAAAUACCAGCGCAAGUACUCCGAUUUGCCUGGGUUUAUUUCGUGGAAGAAGCAGAACGUCGUGGCUCUCCGCAACAAUAUGUCUAGGCUACGCCGCUUUUACUGA